CGGGCUUCCAAGCAGCUCCUCCCUCCCGCCUUUCCCUUCCCGCGCCUUGAGCUCCGCAGCAAAGCUCAGCGGAACCAAAAUGCGAGGAGCCGCGCGGGGAGAGGAAGCCGAAGCCGCCGCGGGAGUGGAGUCGGAGGAGACAUGAGCACCACUAAGGACGUCACCUGCAGGUAUUUUAUGCAAGGAGUCUGUCGUGAAGGGAAUAGGUGCUUAUUUUCACAUGACCUAUCUACAAGCAAACCAUCUACUAUUUGCAAAUUCUACCAGAAAGGACAGUGUGCCUAUGGAACUCGCUGCAGGUAUGACCAUAUCAGACCUCCCACGUCUUCUGCAUCAGGUGUCAUGGGGAGUACAAGAACCCUUCAUGCUUCGGCUCCACCGUUCUACAGCCUUAACUGUCUGCCAGAGCAAAAUAUACCAAUAACCAAAAGUAAAGUACAAGAACCUGGAAAACGGGAAAAGAAGACACUAGUGCUCAGGGACAGAGGAUGUGGAUUCGGUGACUCUUCUUGGCUGAGCUUCAGCCUCUUAUGUCCUCUUGAGGGGUUCCAUAUGUGCAUGGCUGCCUUCGAACAUGAGAUGGAGAAGGCCUUUGCCAUUCAGGCAAGUCAGGACAAAGUAUGUAGUAUCUGCAUGGAAGUGGUGUAUGACAAGCCCUCAGCCUCGGAAAGAAGAUUUGGCAUCCUGUCCAACUGCAACCACACCUACUGUUUGUCCUGCAUCCGGCAGUGGAGGGGAGUGAAGCAGUUUGAGAAUCCCAUCAUAAAGUCCUGUCCAGAAUGUCGUGUGAUCUCAGAAUUUGUGAUUCCUAGUGUCUACUGGGUAGAAGACCAGACCAAAAAGAAUGAGCUGAUUGAAGCAUUUAAGCAGGGAGUGGGGAGAAAGGCCUGCAAGUAUUUUGAGCAGGGUAAGGGAACCUGUCCCUUUGGGGGAAGGUGUCUAUACCUCCAUGCCUACCCAGAUGGGAGGCGGGCUGAGCCAGAGAAACCUCGUAAACAACUGAGCUCUGAGGGGACCGUCCGGUUCCUUAAUUCUGUUCGUCUCUGGGAUUUUAUUGAAGACCGAGAAACCAGGACACUACCAGUUGCCACUGGCAUCGAUGAUGUAGCUGAGAUUGGAGAGCUUUUUAUGAAUCUUUCUGGAACAGAUGCUGGAUCUACUGCUCCUCCCUAGAAUGCCAUAAGAUUGCUUCCAUCUUUUCUGUAGUGCUUCUUCUGUUUUUUAAAUAACUUUGUACUGUUUACCAUAAUAUUAGAAUUACUGUGCUGUGGAGAUUGAGAUCAUGGUGAAAUCUAAAACAAGUCUGUCACUGUAGAGAAAAGACAUUGAAGCAUAAUAAAGAGUGCUUGAAUAAAAAUUAUAGAUACCAACACAGAUAAAAGAUUUUCCUUUUUUAUGCAGUGCACCAAUGGUUUCUUUAAGGGGAAACUUUCUGGUUUUAUUUUUAAAAGCUUGCUUUUUUCAUUAGGUAGGCCGGUUAAAGACAAAAUACUGAAUACUUUCCAUCAUGAGGCAGAACAAAUGUCUAAUCAGGAAGGUAAGUGUACCUUUGCAGUAUCCAUAUUUUAUCAAGAUCUGGAGUAGUGCUCUUAACCAAAUAUUAAUGAAAAUUGGGCACUGGUGACAGAUUUAUUAAGCAAUAUGGAUAGGGUGUUGUAGUGGAUAGCGUGUUAGACAAGGACUUGGAAAACCUGGGUUCAUACCUUGUUUUGGCCAUGAAUUUUACUGGAGGUGUGUGGUGAGGAUGAACCACUCAUUGAACAUUCCUCAUGCCAAAAAAAAAAAA